AUGGUUGUGAUCUUGUCUUGUGGUUAUGGAGGUGUUGAAGCUGCCAUGGAGGGGAGGUUUUCGCCUUCCGUCGCCGGGAAAGGGGUACAAAUCUCUGAAAAUGCUGGUGUUGAUGUGGGCUUGACGGCUGGUGGAUAUGAUAAAGGUCGAGGUUUUGGGCCUGGAAGGGGUUGGGGUGGUGGCCAUGGCGGCGGAGGCGGGUUUGGCGGCGGCUCUGGUGGUGGGGGUGGGUUUGGCGGUGGAGGUUUUGGUAAUGGCGGUGGUGGUGGAAGUGGAGGGGGUAAUGGUGGAAGUGGGUAUGAUUUUGGGGGAGGUAGUGGCGGAGGGUGGGGUAGCGGUGGUGGUGGAGGCUCUGGCAUGGGCCAAGGUGGUGCUGGAUAUGGUUCGGGCGGCGGAUACGGUGGCGGGGGUGGUUCUGGUUCCGGGAUGGGAGGUUACGGCGGUGGCGAUGGCGGUGGCGAUGGAGACAAUGGCGGCGGUGGUGGAGGGUACGGUGGGUAUGGGCGGGGGCCAGGUGUGGGCAAGAAGUUUUGA